AUGAAAUCGAGGCAGCGUAAACAGUACUUCAGGAACAUGAAAAGAUCGGAUGACAGUGAGAGGGAAAAGAGGAGAAAGAGGCGGAGGCUUAUACAGGAACUGGGGGAGCAGAGGAUUCCAUACCUUUCUCCUACAGACCCUGGAUUUCAGGAAUUGUGGGACUCCAGUUAUGCAGGACUGGCUUUACGGCAGUCUGGUACCCUGCCAGAUGGUCUUCAUGAGAAGGUGCAGUCUGCUCUGAUAACUCUACAGCGGCGUGGAUGUCUCCUCCGAGAUCUUGUCCGAGUCCGAGACCGGGAUGUUUUUACGGCCGUUUCGCGUGCUCUCGUGGGUCAGCCGGGCUACACGUACCGUUAUCUGGACACCCGUCUGUUCACCAUCCCUUGGCACUGUGAGGGAGAAGAAGGUCAGAAAGAUGAGAAAGAGAAACAGUGCUGUGACCCUGACCUGAGGGACGCUUGCAAAGCAUUGUGGGAGCUCAAUCAGUUCUUUUGCUCGGAUGUAAAGCAGACAAACGCGAGAGGCGUCAAGCGAUCCCGCAGUGACACCGAAAACAGCGAAGACACACUGGGGGAGGGGACGUGCGAAGAGAGUGUUAAGGACAGGUUACUUGAGAAGCAGGAGGAGGAAGAGGAAGAAGACAGCGGUCAGGGCUGCUCUCAUUCCUCACCUCCUUCAUCCGCUCUGCCACCUGCUAUAUCCAGCCCGGUUCAGUUUAACGUUACCCUCAUCAAUUACAUGGACCCCACAGCCAUGACUCAACUGAAGGAAGAGCCUUAUUACGGCAUGGGCAAGAUGGCAGUUGGUUGGCAUCAUGACGAGAACCUGGUUCCUCUUUCACCAGUUGCUGUCUACAGCUAUAGCUGCCCAGCAGAGCCAAAGAAUGAAGAGGUGAGUGAGAAAGAUGGUGAGGGACAGGGUAAAGAACAAGAAACAGAGACCGAGGGUGAAGGAACGAGUAAAGAAGACCUGAAGGAAGAAGAAGGUUUGAGGAAGGAGGAGGUGGAGAAAGAGAAGGCGUGUUGGCGUGUCGGCCUGAAGGUGGCCUGGGACAUUCACACACCAGGUCUCGCUUUGCCUCUACAGUCUGGAGACUGCUACUAUAUGACAGAUGAUCUGAAUCGGACGCAUCAGCACUGUGUACUGGCUGGUGACACGGCUAGAUUCAGCUCCACUCACAGAGUCGCACAGUGUUGUACAGGUACACUGGACUACAUACAGAAACGCUGCUCAGAGGCCUUGGGGAAUUUGCACACCAACACUGAGAAGAACACCAAGAGUCUGAGUUCUCUCCUCCCCUCCACCCUUCAGCACAUUGAGGACAUUCACAACGAGGUGGAGUUUGAAUGGCUGAGGCAAUACUGGUUCCAGGGCCGGCGUUUUGCUCGAUUCUGCAGCUGGUGGACUAAACCCAUGGAACAGAUGGAAAAAGACUGGAAGGAAAUGGAGCGAAUGACUCAGCUGCUUUUGGCUGUCGUUGAGGAUGAGAACACGACACAGGAGAACAGGAGAGAGAUUGCAGACAUAUUACUGAACGCCCUGACGGACAGACAGCAGCACAGACAGACAUGGAGGGACAGAUGCCAAUCCAGCCUGGCACAGACCUUGCCCCCUGAGGAAGCACCUGUCGACCGCCCCUAUUGGAGUAAUGACGAUCCUGACAUGCCCCUCCCCUUUGACCUCUCUGACAUCAUCAACCGCGUCGAGUCACUUCUCUGGAGGAUGUAAGAUGUUUGUAAAAGAGGGAGAUAAAUGGAGAGAAAGAAUGUUUUGGGUGGAUGUUAGGAUAAAGAGGCCAUGAUGGAGAUCACAGGUGACAAAAAACAAGCAACACACACCUGUUCAGUUUCUCCUUUCUGGCCCACCUUUGCCUGAAGACCAACACUCACCCUAACACACACCACAUUGAGGUCCGCUCGGAUGGACAGAUGAAUAUAAGGAUGGAUACCGGGGUGCAUACAGGGUGACAUCUGGACAGGACAUUUUAUUUCCUAUUUCCAUCAGUAUCGUUUACUAUCACUUUAACAGAGUCCGUAGUGUUACAAUGACCAUUCAUAGAUGCAUAUCAGUAGUAGCAUACAAUACCUAUUCAUAAAUAUACGUAUAUAUAUAAAUAUAUAUCCAUAAAUGUUUGUGUUUUACUUCAGUUCUCCAUAUAUCCUCUGAAGCUUUUUUUGGACAGACAUUAUAUAGAUGUACACAGUAUACACAGUUCACUUCUCCUCUAUGUAUGUGUGUGUGUGUGUGUGUGUUUGUCUGCGUGCCAUCUUUUGAGGAAGAAAGUCGGUAAAAAAUGAUAUGAGAUUGUGGAGGUAUGAUGACAUCAUUAACGGGUGUCAUAUGCGUGCUGUUGCCUUUUACCUGGCGUAUUGUCUAGGGAUUUAGUAUGUUUGAAUUUGCCCCAAGUGUGUUUGAAUGUUUCCGUGCAUGUCCUUCUGAAUGUUUGUAGGGAGAAGGUAAAGAUAAUGUUGUGUAGACGGACUUGUUUGUCGAUGAUGUUUGUCUAUAUAGGUGCAUGUAGGUACGAGGCACGCACAUGUGUAUGUAAUCGUGUAGGGGGUUUUAUUUUAGUGUGACUGAAUGUAUGUAUGUGUGUGUGUGUGUGUGUGUGUGUGUGUGUGUGUGUGUAUACAUAAGAUGUUUCUCUCCCAAGCCAAGUAGUGUCAUAGGCGGCUUUUACUGAACUCCCAAGAGAACUUACACCCCUUGUGUCGCAAUAUUCUCGCAGCUCAUUGGCUCUUAACCUUUUAAUAAUGCCUGCCUAUGUCUGAAAUGCUGCCAGUUUCGGGAGGAAUGCACUCGAACAUCUUUUAACGAGUGAAGGAGGAAAAGCACUCUGUCCUCUAAAUGAAUGAAGGAUGAAUGAAAAAGGGAUGACUGUUGUAGUCCAGCAGCUUUCUUUUUGUUUUAUAUGCUUUUCUAUGUCAUCAGUGUUAAUGUAGAAGAUCCAUAUGAUAGUAUUCGAUAAAGAUGCUUAAAAGUGUUUUAUACUUUUGAAGUUUUUGAGUUGUCAUUGGUUGCCAAAUACUGUGUUUUUGCUGAGUAAAUGCUGUGAGGUUGGUAUAUAAAUAUAUAUAUGUGUAUAUAUAA